AUGGCACCCCCAGUGGUUGCCUGGUUUGUCUUUACACUCUGGUUCAGGAGCUCGCUCAUCCCCGGCCCCUGGCGCUUCGUCAUGGGAAGCUGUGUGUUGCUGGGCAUGGUGGUAUCUCAGAUUUGGUCUCACCGCCUGCAGCGCAGCUACGCCAAGCGGCGGCGCCACGCUUCACGGCUGGCUGGCGGCGGCGUUGCGGCCGGGGAGGUGAAGAAGGCGGACUGUGUGUAG